AUUGCAUUACUACAGUUACUCAAAUUAUUGUUCGUCAUGAUACGGUUUACUUAAGUUAAAAUUAUGUUCAUCGGCGUACGAGAUAAAAAUCGUUUUUUAUUAUAAUAUUUUUGAAAUUUUUGUGUUUUUAUUUUAAAAACUCAUUACAUUUUCAAGAUACAAUGAUUUUAACCGAUAUUUGGUGUUCAAUUGUUUAGUUGAAACAAUUUAAACAGAUGGAACAGGAAAAUGAAGCCGAUCAUCUUAGUGAAAACACACACAAAAAACAAAUAUUUGUUUCAAAUAACAUUAUUCACAGUCAGGUAACUUUAAAAUCAAUUGAUGAUCAAGACAUGCAAUUAAAUAUGACCAAUAGUGAUUUAAAAAUUGAUCCUUCUACAUCUUCUCAUGAACAUGUUAAUUCAAGUUCAAAUAAUAUAUCUAACUCUGAUAUUGAAAAUAUUAACCAGAUUAAAGAACAUUUAACUGUUGAAUCAGGUCCAUCUAAAAUUUUAAAAUGUGAUAGUCCAUUAGAAAUUAAUUUUGGUAUGGAUUCUGAUAAACAAUCUAAUACAAAUGAGAUAACCAAAGCCAGCUUAAAGAAUAAUCAUGAGCUUCUCAAAAAUAAAGGUCAAAUUCAAUCUACAAAUAAUAAACUUACUAGAUUUGAAAUAUUAAAAUCAACCGAGCAUACUAUUAAUUGUAAAAAGUCAAUAGAAACAAAUUUUCAUUGUUUUAUUUGUGACACUAAAAUAAAAUUGUUAAAAGAUUGGGAGUCACACACUUUAAGUACACUUCAUAUAGAAAAAUGUUUAAACAAAAAUGAUUAUGUUUCAUACGAUUGUGGUGGCUGUAAAAUAUUUUUUUUUGGAAGUAAGGAACAGAUUUUACAACAUUGUAAAGAUAUUCAUAAUGAUAUAUCUGGACUACCGUGUGUUUUUAAAUGUAUGAAAGAUGUAUUUCAUUAUUGCAUAGUUAUAAGUCCAAUGAAAUGGAAAUCUUGGUCUUUUUGUGGUCCUUGUAAAAGUUAUUCAUUUUCCAAAAUUAAAUGUUAUUCUAUUAAUCAUAUGUAUAAAAAAACGAUUCAUUUAAAAUGCGAUUCAUGUUUAAUAGAUUUUGUAUGUAGUCAAGAAGUUUAUAAUAAACAUUUAAUGUCAUGCGAACAUAUCAUGUUGGAAUAUUUUCAAUCCAAAAAACUUGGCGAAAAUUUGGAAACUAUAUUUUAUUUAAAACUGCCUCCAAUAAUUUUAAAUAAAUUUUCUGUUGAUACUAUAAAAUCUACUUGUAAUGAUUGUAAGUUUCAAAUGGAGGCCAAUGAAAAAGCAAUAACUGUUCAUCUUACUGAAUGUAUCAACAAAUCUGAUGUUGAUAGAAAAAAUACAUUAAACAUCAAAACUUAUUUUUGUGAAGUCUGCAAUAUAAGCGUACUCGAUUUUACUCAAUGGAAGUCCCAUUUAAUGUUAUCAAGUCAUUUAAUUAAGUGUUUUCAUAUUAAAGAUUUAGUUUCUUAUACAUGUGAACUUUGCGCAUUACAUUGUUAUGGAGUUGUACAUCAUGUAACAAACCAUCAAAAUAUUCAUCCGAACAAUUCUGAGAAAAAUCUUUCCAGAUUUUUGGCUUUUAACUUCCAACGUAUUAACAAAAAUUUAAAAACCAAAGAUUUUUAUUAUUGUGAAGAAUGUGAAACGUAUGCUGAAGUUAAUUCUAAUUCAGAUCAUUGGAAUAAAAGUCAUAAAACUAAAUUAAAACGUAUAGUCUGUCAACCUUGCCGUACAGAAUUCUUUUGUAUUGAAGAUAAUGUGUUAUUCAAUAAACACAUGAUAUCAAGUGAACACAUAAUUUUAAAAUCUGUGGUCUCUAAAAAUAUAUUUCCAGAACUUAAAACACAAUCAUUAAUUAAUCAAAACCAAAAACCAUGUGUUCCAAAAAGUCAUUUAGAUAAAAAUAAUGUUCCAUUUGAUGUUAAACCAUAUUUACAAUUUUUUCAAAAUGUAAAAAAUGAAAAUAAUACUAUGUGUAAAUCAUGUGAUAAUCUAAUCAAUUUAAAUCACAAUGAUCUCCUUAGUCACUUGUUAGUUUGUAACCAUGGAUUAGUACAAAGUAUCCCUCAACCAAAUUUAAAUUAUUUUCAAUGUUUAGAGUGUGCAUUUUGUUCUAACAAUAAGGAUAAUUGGAUAAAACAUGCAACUACACAUGCAAAAUUAGGUACCUAUAUUUGUUAUUCUUAUAUUUGUAAAAGUUGUAACUCUUUAGUUUAUGGUAAAAUUGAAGACAUUGAAUUACAUUUACUUACUGAACACAAGACAACAUUUAUAAGCAUGCCAUUAGAAUCAGAGUUACUAGCAAACCAAUGGAUUAUGAGAAAUGAAAAUGCUGAUAAACUUUCUCAUAUAAUGUGCUUUUGUGAACCAUGUAAUCUAAUAUUUAAGUCAAGUGAAAAUCGUCAUCAUUUUAAAGCAGAUAGUCAUGCAUCAACAGCAUCAGAUAUUGUAGAAUUAUUUUACUGUAAGGAUUGUAAAGUUGAAUUCUACUCUUCAAUUACAGUUUAUGAAUGUCACAAGUUAACUGCAGAACAUAUAAUUAUGAGUUCAGACAAUAGAAAAACUAAAAUUAAGGCUCUUCUUAAACCUUUGAAACUUGAUACUCAUUUAUUUAACUUUGUUACUGAUCAAAAUUUGUAUAACUCAACUUUAAAUAUUGGGUUUUUCUGUUUCAUAUGUGAUUAUUUAUGUGUAAAAUUAGAUGUAUGGAAAAUGCAUAUUAAUAGUAAAAAACAUAUCAAAUCUUCUAAAGAUUUUUGCACAGAUCACCGUUGUAAAAUUUGUAAAACACUUAUGUUUGGAAAACGAUAUCACAUGUUUGAACAUUAUAGCAAUCGUUUUCAUUCAAUGUUGAGACAAUUUAAAUUGAUGACAUCUAAUGAGGUUUUAAAACAAAAAUGUGAAACAAAAAAUACAUGCAAUAUGGGAAAAACUUCUGAGAAUAAUCAAACUACAGAAAUACCAAGAGAAUCUUGUACUGCAGUAUUAACUAAAAUGAUGAAUAAUUUAUCUCAUACAGAAAGUAGUUCAUUAGAAGAGUCUACCAUUAAUAAUAUACAUCCAGCUACAAUAGAUGAAUCUAUUGCAACAACAAAUGAAAAUCAAUUAAUGAGAAAAACCAUAGAUGAUUUUCCUUUGGAAUCAAAAACUCAAAACUAUAGUAAUUUUUAUAGAUUGAAAAUUAGUAUGUUGAAUGAAUUGCUUAAGCAAAAUAAAGAAAUAAAAUCACAAACAUGUUAUUAUUGUGUACCUUGUGAUUUUAUAACUACAGUACUAAAAAAUUGGGAUGAACAUAAUUUAACUAAUCAUUCAAAUAAGACUGAAUUGCGCCAUAAUGGGUAUUGUACUACUUGCAAUUUAUAUCAAUUUGGGCUAUCUCAACAUUUAGAUGAACACUAUAACACUAUUGAACACAAAAAUAUGUUCGAUUUUAAUAAAUUAUGCAACCCAAAUCAUUCAAAAAAUAAUAAUAAAAUAAAAAUAAAAAAUGAGCAGAAAAGUAAUUUAACUCCUGGCAAUCCUUCAAAUGUUACUCAAAUAUCAAAAAUAGACAAGCAACAAACAAAUGGUAGUAAUGAUCAAAAAGAAGGAUGUAAUCGCCAAGUGAUGAUUGAAAUUAAAGGUGCAAAACCACAGUAUAAAAAAAAUAGCUGGGUUGAACUCAAAAAAAUAUUUUCUGCUUAUGGGUUUUUUGGAAUUAUUACUAAACAUAGCUCUGUUAUAAUCAUAUUUCGUAAAUUAGCUGCUGUGAACAAAGUUUUAAAUGAUAAAGAAAUGUUAGAAAAAAAACAUGAAUUUACUAUUAGUAUACUAGAAGAAGAUGACAAAUUACCUGAGUUAAAUAAAACAACAAUAUUUGAGUUUGGAAAUAAGGCAGUAUUGCUAAAAUCUAUUGACACACAACUUGCGGAGAUUAAUCAAGAAAUUUCCAAUCCUGAUAUAAUUGAUAGAUUAUUUUUGUUAGUAAACUCAAUACACAGUUAUGCUGGCCAACAUUUUAAAGGAAGUAAAACAUAUGCUUUUGGAUCACGUAUGUCAGGUCUUGCACUUAAAGAUAGUGAUGUGGAUUUAUACUUUGAUAUCGCUGACACUUUUGGUGGAGAAUUAAGUAAUGAUCUAUAUGCUCAAGAAGAUUUAGUACGUUAUUUUGGAAAAGUUUUUCGGUCUCAAAAUAAUGAAUUUAAACAUAUACAACCAAUAACUGGAGCACGUGUUCCUAUAGUCAAAUUUUUUCAUGUCCCUUCUGCCCUAUUUUGUGAUUUAUCUUUUAAAAGUGGCCUCAGUACACAUAAUACUAAACUCGUCAGGUUGUAUUUAGCAUUAGAUGAACGUGUUCAUUGGAUUGUCUGUGCAGUUGUUAAACGUUGGGCAUUACAAAAUGAUAUGAAAAAUCAAAGUAUGUUUACCAGUUAUGCUUUAGCAUGGUUGGUUCUUUUUUAUUUGAUGACUAUUGAAGUAGUUCCUCCAUUAAUAUUACUCAGAGAACAUGCAGAUUAUUCUAAAAAUACAUCUACAUCAGAUUUCAUGUUCAUAGAAGAUUGGGAUUGUACCUUCUGCACUCUGGAAAAAGCUAAACAAAUUUGGAAAGUACCAGAAAUUCCUCGUUGGGACUUAUUAUUAGGAUUUUUUAAGUUUUAUUCAGACUCUAACAGACUUAAACAAUUUGUUCUUUGUCCAGCUAUUGGACAAGCUAUACCUAAAGAUAAAUUUUAUGAUAUUCCAAUGAUAAAACCAGAUAUAUUAGGUUUUAACAAAAAAAAAAAAGGUAAACCUAUUGACUGGUGUAUAAGAUUAAGAGAUAACUUUCAUGGUGAAGGUCUUGCAGUACAAGAUCCUUUUGAUCUUUUCCAUAAUAUAACAAAAGUUAUAAUACCAAGAAAGUUACAGACCUUCUCUUAUUUAUGCAAUAAAACAAUGGAAGUCAUGAAUAAUGGAGUUCAACCUUAUUAUGCAUAAGUUUAUUUGACAAUUUCUUUUAUCUGAAUCAAAACGAAUAUUUUUAAAAUGAAAUUUAAUGUAAUAAUUAAAAC